CUCCUUACCUGAUGGAGAGUUCCUCGAAACAUGUACAAGCUGAUGCGACGGUUCAACCAGCUGGAGAAUCCAACCAGGCGGAUCCUCUGAAGUUCAUUUUUCGGAAGCCUAAAAUUAAACCGUCGUCCAUAAACAAGACGUAUCUUAGUAAGGCACAAGGAACGCAGCCUGCGAAGCUUUCCUCCACAAAAGUAAAUGGGGGGACCGCGUCGGUCGCGAAGACAGAGCCUUCGUCGGCGACUACAACUAUCACGACCGGUAAUAGUAAGGUGCGACUGUCAAUUAAACUUUCUUCGUCUGCCUCUUCUGCCGCUAGCAACGCGUCGUCACGGUCCAAUGGCACACAAACAGCAUGGACACAUCGUGUUGACUCUUCCACGUCCCUCCAGUCCGGUCACAGUGGCUCCGCCGCCGCUGAGAAGCCCAAAAACGCGUCUGAACCACUUGCUGCGGCAGACGAAAACGCGUCAACACCUUUGUUUGCUGCUGCCGCAGCGUCCUCUGUCAGUCAUCGGAACUCGGUGUCGACACCGGCUACGACGUUGUCAUCUACAAACUCGGUUCAAUCCAUGGACAGUGAAUCUGCCGUCAGGGUUCUGCGAAACACACUGCCACCAAAACCUAUUGACGUGGCCGCAGCAUCUGCCGUGUCUUCGCGGGCACAGUCUCCUCAUUCAGCAAACUUCCGUGAAGUUUCACCCAGUCGGCUCCCUUCGCCAACCAAGUCGCGUCGAACGUCUCACGUGUCGGAAGGAAAGUGGGAUGAAAUUGACGAUGAUGACGAUGACGACUGGGGUAGUACAAUAGAGUUUGAGGAUGGAACAACGGUAGUCAUUGAUGCUAAGACGCACAAAUACCAACCAGUACACAUCCCGCCAAAUCUGGUCAGUGUUGCUGCUCAAACAGAAACGGCGGUUGCCGCAGCAGCGGCUGCAGCCGCUGCUGCUGCAGAAACCAGUCCAGCUGCUAGAGCAGUUGAAGCGAAAGCUACUCUAUUUGAAGCGUCGCGAACUUCCAGCAACUCUUCUCUCGCUACCGAGGCUGCGAAAACUGACUCUACUACCACAUCUCAUUCUACGAUUCUUCGUCUCAAUUCUGGUGCUCCUCCGGCACCUGUAGACGCCUCAACCUCCGAGCAGCCCAGACCCGCUGCUUGGUCUCGCCCGGCAUGGCGACGGGACUCGUUAAAUGAACAUCAACAACAAAUGUAUCAUCAACAACGUCCUCCCACUAAUCAGCAAUACCCGCCGUCCCAGCAUUCACAACACGCAACUCAUAAGAAUGCCCCGAGAGCCCAGGAACCUAUGGAUAAGUCCAACGCGGCUUUUCCUCCCUCCACACAUAAUGAACCUGUUUCUCGUGCCUCCCGUCGGUCUUCUGUUUCUACAACUGUUUCUCAGCGUUCCGCUCGUUCUGUUUCUCGUAAUCGGCCCCCGGCUCCCACUGAACAGGAGCCAGCUAUCGAAGAGUUGUUAGAGGAGCAGCACAAAAUUAUGGAAGAGGCUCGUCAGAAGGCCAUUGAGCGGCGUAAACGAGAGGAGGAAGAAUUGAGAAAGUCGCGGGAGCGUGCUUUGAGAAAGGCAGAAGAAUUAAGCAAAUCUCUCGCCGCUAAGUCCUCUGCAAGUAAGCCUGCCGCUGCGGCUCCUGUCACAACGCAGACAGCAGCAAACGACUACACACCCGCUUCUCCUGAGCGGGAAGAUAUUAAACCUCCUGCUGCCGAUGAAACUCAAACCCAGAUCGCUACUGGCGAUGACGCUUCUCCCAGAAGUGCAGAGCCUGUUCCCGCUUCUAAUGUACCUGCGCCUGCAACCCCCGUUACUGGUGACCUUUCCUGGCGCGCGACUUGUCGUCCCGUAAAGGCUAAAAAGUCAGUACCCAUACAUAAUACUCACACGGUUGAGGAGCCUGAACAAGCAGUCCCGAAUGUAUCCACUACUCGUGAGAUGCCUGCUAAUCCACCCACCAGCAGACACACAAAGUCUCGUAGUAUUGAUGAGGUUAUUUUGAGCAUUAAGGACGUUAUUUUGGACAACAAUGCUUAUAAGCAGCGUUCAACGCCUAUGGUUCCACCACCCAUUAACACGGCGCCCUCCAUUUCUAACGGCAACGUCUUCGAGUCGCCCGGUGUCAUGGCUUCGACUCCUACAAGUCGAGCUCGCGUUGCUUCAACUACGCCUACCGUUAGCUUCCCCAUACUUCCUCAUGCUCCCGCUGUGCCUACGAUCAGCACUUCUGUUCCUGCAACAGCGACUUCGUCCGCGGCGAUGCCUUUGACAUCUCCGUCAACGACUAACUAUUCUCGAAAGGCGUGGUUGCAGCGUCACCGUCAAGAGGGAAACAUUCGCGUUUUUCUCCCCAAGGUGCCGCCCUUCCACGCUGUCGUUGACUACAACAAAAAUGGUACCGCCAUAGAAGGCGAAAUCUUGCGCAUCGAUGAAGCUAAGUAUUCGUCGAAACAACAACGCAGCCGCCCUGCCUCCAUCACUGUGUCUUUGCCAGGCACAAAAAUGUACCACGUUGUUAAGUGUUUCGCUACGAGCACUUGCAACGGAGUCCAGACUGUCCGUGAGGACCAUGUUCGCCGGGAGCGUAUGAACGCUGAAUCCUGGAGAUCCUGAGUUCUGUCGCUACCACUUUCGCUCAUGGCAUCACAUCCCCACACUCGAAGAUUCUUGCAUGUUCGGCUUUUCACAUCCAUGCUUGGACGUACUAACCCGUUUGUCUGCUAACUAUCUGCUAAUUUGCAUUUGGGUCAUCCUCGCAGGAGCUGUCUGCUUUGCAGCACGGUUUAGCACACGUUUCGUUGGCUGUCAUCUUCUGCCAUUUAUUUACUUUUUUUACUACUAAUUAUCCGUGUUGGUUAAACCGUACUUCAGCAGUCAACAAAACGACUACAGCAUUAUGGGACCUCUUGGGUUCCGAAGCUGUAUACUGAGUGCAGCCAUCCAUGACGACGAGAAAGACACUGAAACAAAGCAGUACGUUGUUUUACCCGGUGUCCUUUUUCCUUUCGUUGCAUCGGCUACCGCUGUUCUUGGUCGGAUUGUUCUUUAUCUUGUUUCUUUCAAUUCCUCUUACACAUACCCUCUUUUACUUUUAACUUCGUCUGUCCUUACUGCGGUAGUCGGCUUUCACGUUUUAUUCCUUCUUUAUGUUGUCUUCACGGUGUAAUGUAUGAUUAAAUGCUUCUAACUUCAUAACGAUCAAUCUUCACUUAAAUAUUACCUGAUAUUUACCCUCUUCUUAUAUGAGCUCUGGGCUCCGCAUAGAGAACAUAAUCCAGCUGAAAGUUGUGUUGGAAAACACACGUUCCGUUCAUUUAUUAAUUACAUCGCAUGAGUUUCUCCA